CUCGGAAGACGCGACCUUCUUCGAGCUCCCUCGCUAGAAGAUGGCGUUCAAGUCUGGCGGGGGCCAGCAUUCAAAUCAACAACAUAGGCGUCAGCUCAACACUUGACAUGCCAUGGCGCUUGACCCAACCUUGGACGAAAGCAUUGAUGUCAAAAUCCUCACCGGAUCUGCAGGUAGCAGAUCCCAAUGUACAUCUUUGGAUGACAACGGUACUCUAACAUAGUCGCACAUCUGCUGGCAGAUCUGUGGUGUGAAACGAUCUCUCCGACGCCGCGGGGCCGGGCCGACGGCCUCCAAGCGUGAUCACUAGAGCAGAUUCCAAUAUUAUCGUCUACGCACCACUGAUCUAGUGGUAGCAUUGUGCUCACGGCCCCAUCAUGUCGGUGGCUCUAGCACACAUACCAACGAGGAAGAAUGAAGCACCCAAUCACGAAAGUGUCGGCACAGGGUUCUUUGGCGGCCAAUGUAGGAGGUUGAUUGCCAAGGCGGGAUCUUUGCAGAUCACAAAGUGGGGCGCUUUGCUGAGGUCAGGGGCACCCCUCGCGCAGCUCAGGCGGCUCUCUCAGUACGGCGUCUCGGGCCAGAGGAAGAUUUUGGCAGCAAUGUCAACAAUGUGUACACUUCAACCUAGCAUAGAAGCUGCAGUUUGAUCAAGAUCUGAGGCUGAGGGAUGUCAUGAGCAAAAAGCAGCAGGUUUUGUGUCUCUCCUGACGCUGGUUUAUCACUUCAAGUCAAAAGCACACCUUUUGCUGUUCGCUCAAAGCAGUCAACCAAACCUUCUAACCACCCUCUUUGUCACCAUCAGCAUGUCAUGUCCCAUGGCCCUCCUAGCUAUUACGCCAACAACCACCGCAUGAGGCACCCCCCUGACUAGAAACAGUACAUCCCAUUGCCCCAGCUCAGAGGCCAAGACACCAUGCGCGCCAGUAUGUCUGAGUCCCCCCCACUUCGAGAUUUGUCGGUGUGGACCUCGAUCGCUGUUAAGGUCUCCCGCAAAAGGGGCUUCCCCCGCAGCUUAAGCGCCUCGGGCCGCCUGGUUCACUACGGCAUCCCCCCCCUGGAACACCUGGCGACAGACCCCCCCAAAACGGCGAGGCACGAGUCCCGCGCCCGGCGCAGCUGCCGUCUUUUUUGGUUAGUGUUGUUGUGCGUCGUGUUGCUCAAGUGUCUCGCCACCAUCCACCCCCGCUUUGCGCUCUUCGGGUGUCGGGACGAGGGCGCCGAGUGCUGCUCCGAGGGCAACGUUGCGGAGCGCACCGUUUAUCGGGGGGGUACGCUUGCCGACGGCUGGCGGUAUUUCCUUCAGGGGGGGCAGCAACUAGAGACGAGCCUGGUGGGACCGCUGCAGGUUUCUGUUCCGGGGGGCUCGUCUCUCCUGCUAGAAUCGAACGACGCGUUCCCCAGUAUCAUAGGGGUGGCCUUACGCCUGCGCGGCUCAGGUUUGUCGCCAUUUGAGUUGGUACUACAUUCGUGGGACAAGAGGAGGUUUCACGUUGUGAAAGGGGGGGAGGUGGAGGUUCGACUGACGGAGGGCUGGGCUGAGGUCGGCGUUGCAUUCAGGGGCCUCGAGUGGCAAUUGUGGGCGGGGCUCGAGUUUCGCAAUCGCGGGGGGGGGACGGCGCUGUUGGCACUCGAUGCGCUGAGUCUGAGGCUGCCAGCCAGCCAGCAGAUGCUCGAGUCUCAGGUCGCCGUUGUCCAGAAGCUCGCCGGACGUCCGUCCGCAGUCCCAAGCCCGGACGCCCCCGUGACGCUCCUGAUCGGCGUGCUCUCGACGGCGACCGAGUCGCAGUUCCGCGAGCGCCUCGUGCCGCUCUACUCGGUCCUGGCGCCGCACGCUGACGUCAUCGUGUUCGUAGGCAACAGCACGAGCAACGAGAGCGCGCACGCGCUCGCACGCGCGCACGGGGGCAUUCGUUUAGUCUGGCUGAACGUCAGCGACGAGUACCCUCCCCGACUCAAGGACCUCGCGAUGUGGGAGUAUUUACACCAGCAAUUCCAGGGGGCCUUUGACUGGUUCAUGCAUCUCGACGAUGACACGUACGUGGAACCGGGCAGAUUGCGGGCUUUUCUGCACGGCUUUUCGGCGGCCGGGAGGUCCAACCGACCGCUCUACGUGGGCGCCCCUGGGCAGGGGCGGCCGAGCGACCGGCAGGGGCACAAGCUCGGGUUACCCCUCGGAAAAUACGGUGACGUCAUCCCGUACUGCCUGGGCGGCCCCGGCUACCUCCUCAACGCGCGCGCGCUCGCGGCCAUGGGCCCCCACGUGGCGGCCUGCAAGGCCGACUGGGCGAGCGAGCACUCCGACACGGAGAUCGGACGGUGCGUGGCGCGCCACGUGGGCAUCGGCUGCGAGGCGGAGCCGUACACUCACUGGGACCUCAAGAAGCUCUUCGUGCAGUAUUACGUCACGGGUGACGAUGGGCCCGCGAGAAAGAAACAGGGGGUCGUUCCGGCGGUGCUCCCACCCCCCCUCGCCGGUGCGAUCAGCCUGCACCCUGUGAAACCGCGUGCGCCGGGGUUUCUGACGGAUCACGUGGAGAGCGUGCGGCGGCAGAUGCGGGAAGUGACGGAGAAGGCCAGGUACUUAUAUUGGGAAGACAUCCACCUUUCAAGCCUGACCGGCUUCGACGGCCUCUACUCCAGCCUCGUCUGCGGCCUAACCGAGGCCCUGUUUUUGAACCGCACCUUCGUUAUGCCCUCCCACGUCUCAGUCAGCGGCUGCGCCAACAGGGCCUCCCCACGAAACGGGGCUUCGCUCGCGCACCUCCAGUCCGCAGACUGCCACGUGGUGCCAAUCGGCGAAAUAUUUGACCUCCAGUCCGUUUCCGUUCAGCAACGGGUCAUCCUGAGCGACUCUGCGGAAUGGGCGGCCACGUCGAGUGCGAGGAUGGAGGUUAGGCCUAAACCGGGGCUUAACCGGACGUUCGUACGGAGCGUCCAGCUGGCGAUUCGAGCCGAAAGUGCUCCGGCGCUCGUUAGGGUUAGCGCUAACCAGGGGAACAAACCAAAGGGUUUGCCACACUCUGCGCUCUGCUGGGGAAGCGCUGACGUCAGGGCGGUCCCCGUGGCCCCUCAGGGGGCUACCCCGAAACUUUUGCCUGCAGUCAACCUAAGCAACUUAGUUGCGUCCAUUAGAAAAACCCUGGGUUAUUACGACGCCGUUAGGAUUACGUUUGAAAACGUCUUGACGCCCGAAGGAAGAGCGGCGCUUUCGUUGCUGCUGACGUCAGCACCGGACGAAGCAGCAAACGGCCGCCGAAAGCUGUUUCUAGACGCUCCAGGGUUACCCAAUUUAGAGCAACUGAGAUUUGGGUCAAAUGUACACUUCUUCGAGGAUUUCGUCAAACUUUUCCUUGAGUUAAGCCAUAACCCACUAAGUCAGCACGUAGUCCGGCAGCUGGUGGUCGAGGGCGGAUUUGAGCAAACCGUGCUCAAGGUAGUUAACUCUACGGUUAGCGUCGUGAGCUCGACCAAAGUCGUGUUACAGGGAGCCGGGGCUCCCAAACCCGCGUGUCACGUUAAUCCGAUCGCGGUUAGUCAGGAUAUUUUGGAGCGGAGAGGCUACUCCACUCUGUUCCGAGAGAAGCUGGACUUCCGGCCGAGGGAGUGCCCACCGGAAAGCGGAGCGCGCGGAAGUGUCAAAGGCUUCCUGGAUGGGUUCGAGGCGUAUGUCUUGACACUGCCUGGCCAGGAGCGCUGGCAGCGAGUCGCGGCCGCGGCCGCGGCCCACGGGAUCAAAGUGAGCCCCUGGUACGGCUCCCGAGCCACCGAGGCCCCGGGCAAACCAGAUUACGUGCCUGCGCUGGACCAGAAGAGAGAUCCGAUCCCGCCCGGUCGCCCGGGUUAUCGGCUCAAGCCGGGCGAGGUGGGCUAUCUGGCGACCAUGCGGGACCUGUUGGCGGACGCCCAGCAGCGGCGCGCGCGCGCGCUCCUGGUGUUCGACGACGAUGCACUGUUGCACCAAGAGUUUGGCCGGCGGCUGGAGCACAUACUCAGGAGCAGCGACCGGUGUGCUGGGUUUCUGAUGGAGGAGGGAAGGGGCGGCAUCCUGAAGCUGGGCGCCAGCGAAUGGCGGGCCGACACGUGGAACUGGGUCGAGGACGAGAUACAGCACAGAGUUUACGAUGCGUCGGGGAAGCUGUGUUAUAACGCCAAUCUGCGAUCGUAUGGCUCAUUCGCCGUUUUGUACAGUCAGCACACGUAUCAAUAUCUGAUUGACUGGGCGAACCGGCAGCUGGCCGGGGGAUCCCUCCCCUUCGACCACGUGUUCAAGCACAUAACACUGAACGGCACGAUCGUGCGCGUGGCGUACCCGAAACUGGCCAUCAUGGACGUGGCCCACGUCAGCAGCGUGGACCCCAACCGGGUGGCGCAGCAAGACAGGGAGAUUCGGCACCGGCGGCAUAAAUGGAACGUUACGCUUUACCCCGAGACUCAUAAGCUAUGGCAGCGGCCGGGAGGGAAGCCCACGAGCGCGUGACCGCCCCCGAGGUAUAGCUUAUGCGGGAGCAGUGCCCACUGCGGGGGAACACUUAUAUAAACUUGAUCAAGGCAUGACUCGUUUGAGAUUAAGCGACGGCAAUACUCCGGCCAAUUCGUCAUGGUAAAUCGAGCCUGACACAGACUGUGACCAAAGGUCUCGAAUCCGCAGUGAGAGAUAUUACGUCCGCAACGGCGUCACUAGUACCAAAAAUAUAGGAAUUUGCAUAUAAGGUUCGGCCCAACAAUUGUGGCUGAGUUCGUCCUUGUAGACAUGGUAUAUUUCCCUUUUGAAGGGUCCCCUUACAGGAAGUGUACUAGUCCACUUUCGGCAACGGUUUGCAGAUUACGUUCAAAGUACACUGAUUCGUCAAAGUUACACCACGCGCAGAGCUUACGGUAGGACCGUUCGACCGUUCGAAAAGCUGCAGCUAGUCUAGAAGGACGUUGCACGCCCGAGUAAGUCAAAAUAGUAGGCUACCCACGCCGACGAAACAAGUCAAAAUCUGUACGCCUCAACAGACUUAUGCGUUUACUCAAAAGAGCUGCAGGCUAGUGACAACAAAAGCAUCGGCUUUCUUCGUGGUGCUUACGGUAGAUGGGUACACAUUCUUGACGUCAGACGCAGUCAGUAGAACGAUAACAAACUCUUCUCACUCUGGCCGGCCCGACCCACGACAUUUACUUGGCGGACUCGAGACCCAGACAUGACUGACGUCAUCUGACAUUUCUCCAAGAUCAGCCGAGACGUGCCAAAAAGGCGCCGUGUCAGGCUUCUCAAG